UGUUUAGCCUGUUACAUUCUAGUGUCAUCCAUUAUUUAAAAUUUAAAAUAUCUAAUUUUGUUUUUGUUUUUUUUUUUUAUUUAAUUAUUUACAGUGCACAGACAGAGAGAAACUGAAAGAUCAAGUACUGGGAUCCUCAAUCAAUGAAUGUUUUUUUUCUGAUUAAACUCUGGUCACUGACUCAUAAACAAGUACAAGAAGAAGAAGAACCUUGAAGAACAUUCUUAAAACAGAAAAAACACAGUUAUGGAGGUGGCUUUGCAAGUACAUAGGCCACUCAGUUGCAGUUGCAGUUGCAGAACUGUGUUCAAUCAGAGAAGCCACUUAAAGCUCAAACCUUCUCUUGGGUUUUUUCCUCAUGGAAGAGUCACUCACUUCUCAAAGUCUUCUUCAUGGGGAAAAGACUGCCAGGGAGGUGGAGUUUCAUAUCGGAUCAUUGCUAGUUCAGAUUCUCCAAGGAGGAGAUCAAAGAAAAUGUCAAAUGCAAGGCCUAAAGGCCCUGCUUCAAAGGGAUUGUCGCCAAAAACACCGGUGGGAACAAGCACCCAAAAGAGGGAUGAAAUAAAUAAUGAAGAGAAAGAGUUGCCAAUUGCUCCAACAUCUAGUGAGCAUGUGUCACCCAACAGGAAAACCGUUGAAACAAAAGUUGAUACUGAGGAAGAGUGGGUGGUUGAACAUUCUCGAGAGGAUAAAUCUGAGAAAGAAAUCAUUUCUGAAACUGAGGAAGCCAAUGAAUUAUCAUCAGCAAAUAAAUCAUCAGCUAUUGCUCAGAAAAUUCAAGUGGUGAAAAAUGGAACCAUUGCUAGGGUCAAUGAGGAUAUAGCAGAAUUACAGAAGAUAGAAACAGCUUCCAAGAGUGAUAUUGAGAAUGUUCCUGAUAAAAUGGUUUCAGAAGGAAGACACUUGGAUAUCAUAGAGCGUGAUGACACCACAAGAGAUAAAAGUACUGAAACUGAUGAAAAGAUUAGAGAAGAAGCUUCUCUAAAAUUAAAGUUGGAGAUGGAAGCGAACUUGCGUAAGCAGAAAAUUGAGAUGCUUGCUGAGGAGAACUUCUCGAUAGGGAGCAAGAUGUUUGUUUUUCCUCAAGUAGUGAAACCUGAUCAAGAUAUAGAAGUUUUCCUCAGUAGGGGUCUCUCCACUUUAAAUAAUGAGCCAGAUGUUCUGUUAAUGGGAGCCUUUAAUGACUGGAGAUGGAAAUCAUUUACAGUAAGGUUGAAAAAAACACAUCUAAAAGGGGAUUGGUGGUCUUGCCUAGUUCAUGUUCCCAAGGAAGCCUACAAGAUGGACUUUGUCUUUUUCAAUGGGCAAAAUGUCUAUGACAAUAAUGAUGAAAAGAAUUUCUGCGUGACUGUGGAAGGUGGAAUGGAUGCGUUUGAAUUUGAGGAUUUCUUGCUUGAAGAGAAACGUAAAGAACUUGAGAAACUUGCUAAGGAGCAAGCUGAAAGGGAAAGACAAGCAGAGGAACAACGGCGAAUAGAUGCAGAGAAAGCAGCAAGUGAAGCUGAUAGAGCACAGGCAAGGGAGGAGACUCAAAGGAGGCGAGAAGCUUUGAAACGGUUGACAAAAAAUGCUGUAAGGUCUGUCGAUCAUGUUUGGUAUAUAGAGCCUGGUGAGUUUAAAGGUGAAGACUCAGUCAGGUUAUAUUAUAAUAAAAACUCUGGCCCCCUUGCUCAUGCGAAGGAACUAUGGAUUCAUGGGGGCCAUAAUAAUUGGAAGGAUGGAUUGUCCAUUGUUGAAAUGCUUGUCAGUUCUGAAGAAAAGGAUGGUGACUGGUGGUAUGCUGAUGUUGUUGUACCUGAUCGAGCAUUUGUCUUAGAUUGGGUUUUUGCUGAUGGACCACCACAGAAAGCCAUUGCGUAUGAUAACAACCACCGCCAGGAUUUCCAUGCAAUUGUCCCAAAAGGCAUACCUGAAGAACUUUAUUGGGUUGAGGAAGAACACCGGAUUUAUCGGAAACUCCAGGAGGAGAGGAGGUUAAGAGAGGAGGCUAUACGUGCCAAGGCUGAAAGAACAGCACGUAUGAAGGCUGAAACAAAGGAAAGAACUUUGAAAAGGUUUUUGCUAUCUCAAAAGCACAUAGUCUACACAGAACCUCUUGAUGUUCAUGCAGGAAGCACAGUGAAGGUUUUCUAUAAUCCUGCCAACACAGUUCUCAAUGGAAAACCUGAAGUUUGGUUCAGGGGUUCAUUUAACCGUUGGACCCACCGCAAUGGUCCAUUGCCGCCUCAGAAAAUGUUGCCUUCGGAUAAUGGUACUCAUGUCAAAAGCACUGUCAAGGUUCCAUUGGACACAUAUAUGAUGGACUUCGUAUUCUCUGAGAAGGAAGAUGGUGGAAUUUUUGACAAUAAAAAUGGCAUGGAUUACCACAUACCUGUGUUUGGAGGAAUUGUUAAGGAGCCACCAAUGCACAUAGUGCAUAUUUCUGUUGAAAUGGCUCCCAUUGCAAAAGUUGGAGGCCUUGGUGACGUUGUUACUAGUCUAUCUCGUGCUGUACAAGAUUUGAACCACAAUGUGGACAUCAUUCUUCCAAAGUAUGACUGUUUGAAAUUUAGCAAUGUGAAGGACUUUCAGUAUAACAGAAGCUAUUCCUGGGGUGGGACUGAAAUUAAAGCAUGGUUUGGGAAGGUCGAAGGCCUUUCUGUCUACUUUUUGGAGCCUCAAAAUGGAUUCGUUUCAACAGGCUGCAUAUAUGGCUGUAGGAAUGAUGGAGAGAGGUUUGGCUUCUUUUGUCAUGCUGCUCUUGAAUUUCUACUCCAAAGUGGAUUUCAUCCUGAUAUCAUCCACUGCCAUGAUUGGUCCACUGCACCAGUUGCAUGGUUGUUUAAGGAUCAUUAUACGCAUUAUGGUCUCAGUAAAGCUCGGGUUGUCUUUACAAUCCACAACCUUGAAUUUGGGGCAGCCUUAAUUGGGAAAGCUGUGGCAUAUUCAGACAAGGCGACAACUGUAUCCCACACUUACUCAAAGGAGGUUGCUGGAAAUCCUGCCGUUGCUCCUCAUCUCUACAAGUUCCAUGGUAUAUUAAAUGGAAUUGACCCAGAUAUGUGGGACCCAUAUAAUGAUAAGUUCAUUCCUAUAUCAUACACCUCAGACAAUGUUGUUGAAGGCAAAAAAGCUGCCAAGGAAGCCUUACAACAGAAGCUUGGUUUGAAAAGAUCUGAUCUCCCUUUGGUCGGAAUUAUCACUCGCUUAACUCAUCAGAAAGGAAUUCAUCUCAUCAAGCACGCCAUCUGGCGCACCUUAGAUCGCAAUGGACAGGUUGUAUUGCUUGGUUCAGCCCCAGAUCCUCGUAUUCAAAAUGAUUUUGUGAAUUUAGCCAAUCAAUUGCAUUCUACUCACAGUGACCGUGCUCGCCUUUGUUUGACUUAUGAUGAGCCUCUAUCACACUUAAUAUAUGCUGGUGCUGAUUUCGUUCUAGUCCCUUCAAUUUUUGAGCCAUGUGGACUGACCCAGCUCACAGCAAUGAGAUAUGGUUCAAUACCAGUUGUUCGCAAAACUGGAGGACUUUACGACACUGUAUUUGACGUUGAUCAUGAUAAAGAGAGAGCACAAGCACAGAGUCUUGAACCAAAUGGAUAUAAUUUUGAUGGAGCUGAUGCUGCUGGUGUUGAUUAUGCUCUCAAUAGGGCAAUUUCUGCUUGGUAUGACAGUCGGGAUUGGUUUAAUUCGUUAUGCAAGACAGUGAUGGAGCAAGACUGGUCUUGGAAUCGGCCCGCUCUUGAUUACAUGGAGCUUUACCAUGCAGCAUGCAAGUGAAACGAGAAAUUGAUUUAGACGUGCAAUUUAAUCUUGUUACCCACUUUGUACAGGUUUGGUGGUAUAUCUUGAUUUAAUUUUUCUCAUUAAAAAGCUUCGUCUAGUUGCACAUAAUUCACCAUAGUCAGAAUAAUGCAAGGCGACACAUUUUAGAGCUUAAAAUGGUUCAUCCAUAUCUGUGUAGCAUAUAACAACAGGUUAGAUUCAGAAUAAUGUGGUGUACUUAUGUAAUUAGCAGAAAUGAAUUAUCAGUUCAUGUCAAGACUCAAAAGAGGUGAAUUAUAACAAUAAAGGUGAGCAAUGAAGGUUAUAUUCUGAGAUUUAGCAA